AUUUUUCCAAAUGGCCGUAUUGCUUCGUCUUAGGCAUUACAUUGCUCACAAAGCCAACCUAAAUGUAUGGGUAAGUCUUGUCUUAGGCCUCUCGGCUUCAUUGCUCUGCACACUCCAACCUCUCGCUUUUUCUCCACAAGCACCUGUAAAGUUCCUUCUAAACCUGUAGGCGAAUUCCUCAAACUCUGCAACAAAGGCAGCCUAAAAGAAGCAUUCGAGGCCUUCAAAUCAGAAAUAUGGUCAGACCCAACUCUGUUCUCUCACCUCUUCAAAGGAUGCAUACAGACCCAUUCACUCUCAGUCGCCAGACAACUCCAUUCUUUGGUAAUCACAUCUGGGUGUUCCUCAGACAAGUUCAUAUGCAACCACCUCCUCAACGUCUAUGCGAAAUUCGGAGAAUUGAGAACUGCUGUUGCGCUGUUCGGGGUAAUGCCCAGGAAGAACAUCAUGUCUUGCAACAUUCUGAUUGGUGGGUAUGUGCAAAAUGGUGACUUAGAGAGUGCACGGAAGGUGUUUGAUGAAAUGGGUGAAAGAAAUGUCGCGACAUGGAAUGUGAUGGUUACGGGUCUAACACAGUUUGAAUUUAAUGAGGAGGGAUUGGGUUUGUUUUCUAAAAUGCAUGAGUUGGGGUUUUUGCCUGAUGAUUUCACUCUCGGUAGUGUUCUGCGGGGUUGUGCUGGUUUGAAAGAUUCACAGGCAGGAAGGCAGGUUCAUGGUUAUAUCAUAAAAUCUGGGUUUGAGUUCAAUUUGGUUGUGGGGAGUUCAUUGGCUCAUAUGUAUAUGAAGUCUGGAAGUUUGGGACUAGGAGAGAGAGUGAUCAAAGCGAUGCCAAUUCAGAAUGUGGUUGCUUGUAAUACUCUUAUUGCAGGCAGGGCUCAAAAUGGGUGUUCUGAGGGAGCUUUAGAACAAUAUAAUAUAAUGAAAAUGGCGGGUUUUAGACCUGAUAAAAUUACAUUUGUCAGCGUAAUGAGUUCAUGUUCAGAGUUAGCAACACUUGGACAAGGCCAACAAAUUCAUACAGAGGCAAUAAAAAGUGGGGUGAGUUCUGUAGUUGCUGUGGUUAGUUCAUUGAUUAGCAUGUAUUCAAGAUGUGGCUGUUUGGAUGACUCUGUAAAAGCAUUCUCGGAAAGAGAAGAAGCUGACGUUGUCUGCUGGAGCUCGAUGAUUGCUGCUUAUGGGUUUCAUGGGAGAGGAGAGGAAGCCAUCAAUUUGUUUAAUCAGAUGGAACAGGAAGGACUGGAAGCAAAUGAUGUUACAUUCUUAAGCUUGCUCUAUGUUUGUAGCCAUUGUGGAUUGAAGAAUAAGGGGAUUGAAUUAUUUACUUUGAUGGUACAACAGUAUGGAUUGGAGCCUCGGCUUGAACACUACACAUGCAUGGUUGAUCUCCUUGGGCGGUCUGGCUGUUUGAAAGAAGCAGAAGAUUUGAUAACAACUAUGGCCAUAAAGGCAGAUGCUGUUAUCUGGAAGACUUUGUUAUCUGCCUGUAAAAUACACAAAAAUGCAGAUAUGGCAAAGAGGAUUGCCGAUGAAGUUCUUAGGAUUGACCCCUUGGAUUCAGCUUCUUAUGUUCUCCUUUCAAAUGUUCAGGCUUCUGCUAAAAGAUGGCGGGAUGUUUCAGUUGUGAGGAAAGCAAUGAGAGAUGGGGGGGUGAAGAAGGAACCUGGUAUAAGCUGGUUGGAGAUACGAAACCAGGUUCACCAGUUUUCUAUGGGUGACAAAUCCCAUCCGCAAUUGAUGGAAAUUGAUAGGUAUUUGAAAGAACUGACAGAUGAAAUGAAAUUACGGGGUUAUGUGCCUGAUACUGGCUCUGUUUUGCAUGACAUGGAUGUUGAGGAAAAAGAAUAUAACUUGGCACAACACAGUGAAAAGUUGGCAAUUGCUUUUGCUCUAAUGAACACUCCAGAAGGUGUUCCAAUUAGGGUGAUGAAGAAUUUGCGGGUCUGCUGUGAUUGCCAUGUUGCUAUCAAGUACAUAUCUGAGAUAAAACACCGAGAAAUUAUUGUACGAGAUGCUAGUAGGUUUCAUCAUUUCAAAAAUGGGAUAUGUUCUUGUGGAGAUUACUGGUAAGGCAGGUUACAGUAUUAUUGUCCAUGGUGUAUUUUUUUUUUCCCUAAGAACAAGAUGAUUUCUUUUUAAAUUAUUUCUAUAACAGAAGCUGCACCAUUUUUUUCUUAUUGGAAAGAGAUGAUUUUGUGUCAUACUUACAAUAGUUAUUGAGGACUUUUGAAUUAUAAUGCUAUGGUUAUUCUAUAUAUAAA